ACACGUGCGGCACGUGCAACAAGUUGUUGUUUGUAUCCGGUUGUUAGUUCCGGUUGCCCAGGCAACGUGGUUACCCCAACAACGAUUUUUGUUGUUGGCCACAGAAAGAAAAAUCGAUAUUAGAAAUUAAUUUUGUAAGACGUAGAAACUUGGUAGACGUUCCCGGAAAAAUGCAGUUAAAAUUCAUGAAAUCCAUAGUUGAAGCCCAGGACUAUCUGUAUCGAGUGGCGGGCAUGUGCUGGUCCCCGAAUAACCAGAAACUGGCAGUGGCGACCGCCGAUCGUACAAUUUUGCUGUUCGAUGAAAACGGGGAACGGCGGGAUAAAUUUUCGACCAAACCGGGGGAUCCUAAUGCCGGAAAAAGUUCUUACGUUAUUCGAGGGAUUGCUUUUAGUCCGGAUUCGAAUCGGCUGGCAGUAGCUCAAAGUGACAACAUUGUGUACGUUUAUAAACUGGGUGAAUCUUGGAAUGAGAAAAAGGUCAUCUGUAAUAAGUUUCCGCAGGGAGCGGCCGUAACGUGUGUAACUUGGUUGGCAGGAGGACUGAUCAUCGCUGGCUUGGAGGACGGGAAAGUACGGUCGUUACACUGCAAGAACAACAAAUCGAAAACUCUAUAUGGGGCAGAGAGCUUGGUGGUUGCCUUGGCGCCCAACUGUAGAGGAACUGGACUUUUGUCUGGUCAUGAAGAUGGUUCGGUUAUCAAGUUCUACAUAAUAGAGGAACCAGGGGAGUCUUCCGGAAGGAUCUUACAGCAUCCGGUGGCUCCGGUAUCAUUAGCAUGGCCUCAAAGUGGAAUAUUUGUCAGUGGAUGUGACAAGAAGAUUUGUUUCUAUGAUACUCUUGGACGUUUAACGCGCACUUUCGAUUACACUCGUGAUGAUUUGGAACGAGAAUUCACUGUAGCGGCUUCAAGUCCAAAUGGCCAAGCCGUUGCCGUUGGAAGCUUUGAUCGUAUCAGAAUCUUCUCUUGGAGUCCUCGUCAGAAUACCUGGACUGAAGCUCUGUGCAAAAGUAUCCCAAAUCUCUAUACAGUUACCGCCCUAGCUUGGAGAAAAGAUGGAUCUCGAUUAACUGUGGGAUCACUUUGUGGAGCAGUAUUAGGUUACGAAUCGGUGCUUCGGCGAACCAUCUGGCAAGACAAGUUCGAGCUGACCUUUGUAGCCCCAAGUCAAGUGUUACUCAAAUCUCUCCACGAGCCGUUUCACACUAUGAUAGUGGAAUCUCAGCUAGGUCUGGAAAUCGACGAUGUUCGGAUCAUGGGCAAAGACAACUAUUUGGUGGGUCGAACCGAAGACUCCCUAAUACUGUGUGAUCUCAUCCGAGCUCUAACAAGUGAGAUCCCUUGGAUUGCAACCGGUCGCCAUGAGCGAUUUUACUUCGAGAAUCCAACUGUGGCCUUAAUUUUCAACGCAGGAGAACUCUCGUUGGUUGAGUAUGGAGAAAAUUUCAUUCUCGGCUCAGUGAGAACAGAAUUUGUCAAUCCUCACGUUAUAUCUGUCCGUCUCAACGAACGUGGGAACUCAAAAAACAACAAGAAACUUGCCUACCUGUUAGACAUGAAAACAGUAUGCGUUGUAGAUCUCAUGUUGCAAUCAACCAUAUCGCAAAUAACUCACGAUUCCAAGAUCGAUUGGCUUGAGCUGAGCGAAACUGGACAUAAACUUUUGUUUCGCGAUAAGAAAAUGAGACUAUUACUGGUGGAUAUUGCUACAGGUAAGAAGCAAACCCUGCUAGCUAAAGUUGCUUUUGUCCAGUGGGUCCCUUCUAGUGAUGUUGCCAUAGCUCAGAGCGACUCCAACUUAGCUAUCUGGUACAACAUUGACUUACCGGAACACGUGACCAUUCUUCCGGUACGGGGUGACGUAUUCGAUGUGAUACGGGAGGAAGGAAAAACAGAAGUUCAUACCCGAGAAGGCGCAUCAGAGCAUGUUUAUCAUUUGGACGAAGGAUUGGUGGAAUUCGGAACGGCCGUCAAUGACAGUGACUUCGGUAGGGCUAUCUUCUACCUUGAAUCAUUGGGGGAUACUCCUGCUGCCAAGGCAAUGUGGCAUAAUUUGGCUUCGAUUGCGCUAGCUCAACAGAAUUUGUGGGUAGCGCAGAGGUGCUAUGCAGCAUUGGAGAAUGCUUCCAAGACCUUCUACAUCGGAGAGAUGAUAAAAAUAGCUGAGAAGUACGAAGAGACCACUAGUAGUCCGGGAAUGACUUGCCCGGAGGUAAGAGCACGGAUGGCCUUACUAGGAGGGGAUUUGAGAUCAGCCGAACGCAUCUACAUCGAACAGGGUGACAUUGAAGCGGCCUUGGAUAUGUACAAGAAGCUGCGACGUUGGGAUGACGCCAUCAAACUGGCCGAACGUAGGGGCUAUCAUGGGCUAACCGAGCUGAAAGAACAGCAAAUGGAGUAUCUGCUAAACACCAACCAAGAGGAGAGAGCGGGUGAAGUGCUGGAGGAACGUGGAGAAAAAGACAAAGCGAUGACGUUGUACAUGAAGGCAAACAAACCUGUAAAGGCGGUAAAGUUGGCUCUGAAAACACCACAUCUGCUGUCAAAUGAGAACAUAGUGACACGCAUUUCCGCAUCGCUGGUAAAGGCUGAACUGUUUGAACUGGCAGCGGAACUAGCUCAUCGUAUCGGGCAGCAAGAAACUGCAAUUGGGUUGUAUCGUAAGGGAGGAGCUUAUGCACGGGCUAUUGAUUUGGCGCGGUUUGUUUCACCGGAUGAAGUUACCAGUUUGGAAGAGGAAUGGGGCGAUUGGUUAGUAUCGAAAAGGCAGUUGGAUGCAUCGAUUAGUCAUUAUAUUGAAGCAGGUUGCACUGUUAAAGCUUUGGAAGCAGCAGUCGGUGCAAAACAGUGGAGGAAAGCGGUGCAAAUAGCUAAAGUUGUUGAUGAUCCAGAGGAAAUACGGAAGUAUGCCGUUGAGCUAGCAGAGCAUUUGUGUUUGAUUGGAGAUGUGAAGACAGCAGAAGAGUUAUUAAUUCGGGCUGAAAUGUUCAAAGAGGCUGUGAAUCUUUUGAAUAAACAUGGCCAAUGGGAAAAGGCGUACGACAUUGCAGAGCAGUUUUUGGAUGUUGGUGAGGUACAUGACUUGUUCAUUGAGCUAGCUAAAGGUUUGGAAAAAGAAGGUAAGUACAGAGAUGCAGAAAAGGUGUUGCUGACUGUCAAUGAACCAGACAUUGCUAUAAACAUGUAUAAGGAGCAGGAGAUGUAUGAUUCAAUGAUCAGGCUAGUUGAGCGUUACCACAAGAAUUUGUUGGAGCAAACCCAUUCGUCGUUGGCCAGGCAGUUGGAAAGCAAAGGUCGUUUAAAGAACGCCGAGGUUCACUUUUUAGCUGCUGGCGAUUGGAAAUCUGCCGUUCAUAUGUACUGCAGUGCUAAUAAGUGGGAAGACGCGCAUCGUGUAGCGAAACAAAAGGGAGGAGAUGGAGCUUCGAAUCAAGUUGCUUUUAUGUGGGCAAAAUCAUUACCGAUUGAGGGAGCUGCUAGGUUACUGACUAAAAUGAAUUUAAUUGACAAUUCCAUAGCUUACGCUUGUGAAGCUGGGCAGUUCGACUUUGCACUAGAUUUAUGCAAAGCAAGUGGCAAGUCAUCAGAUGAAGUUCAUUUGAAAAUUGCCAUGGCUUUAGAGGAUGACGGAAAGUUCACUGAGGCGGAGGCUGAAUUUCUUCUCGCAAACAAACCCAAAGAAGCGAUCAUGAUGCACACUCAUAGCGGAGAUUGGAAAUCUGCUUUGCGUGUGGCUGAACAGUAUUUACCGGAAGCUACGAAAGAAGUGCUUCUAAGUCAAGCUGCUUCUGCAUUGGAAUCCAGGAAUUAUCCUGAAUAUGAAGCGCUCAUGAUAAGAGCCGAUAGACUUGAUUUGAUUCUAGAGCAUUACAAAGAGUAUAAUAUGCUCACUGAAGCAUUGCGGAUUGCUAAAGAGUAUGUUCCUUCUGCUUUGCCAGAGAUACAGAAACUUUACGCAAAAGUAAAUCGGGGAAGUGGAUCAAACGAUUCACGGUAUUUGCUACAGAAAGUAUCUGAAUUCGCUAGAGCUGAAGAAUUCAAAAAAGCAGCCGAAUGUUUGUUACAAAUCAAUGAAACCAAUGCUGAUGAGGCCACCAUCGGCCGUGCUCUUCUUCGAGCAGCUGAGAUUUGUAAUCAAUUUUUGGAGGGGCCUGAUGCCAUGGAAAUAGCACGAGAGCUAGGUCCCCGAUUGAUUGAUAUUAACCAGAUUGGACCAGCUGCUCAGUUGUAUCUGGCUGCAGAGUUGCCACGAGAGGCUGUUGACGUAUUUAUCAAAACCGAUAACUGGAACAAAGCUCGGCGACUGGCUAAAGAAAUCGAUCCUCAGCUGGUCGCAUACGUUGAGGCGCAACAGAAAUCUCGCUUGAGAAACCAAGGAAACGUGGAACAGUUAGCAGACAUUGACAUCGUGGGAGCGCUGGAUCUGCUAGCUGAGCAAGGUCAAUGGACUCGUUGUAUAGAGAAAGCUAAGCAACACAGCGUUCCGGUUUUACAGAAAUAUCUUGCCCAAUACUCGGCUCAACUAAUCCGUGAUGGAGACUGCGUGGCAGCUUUGAACCUGUAUCUGGAACAUGGAGUACCGCCUGUAGCUCAGAAUUUCAACAUAUACAACCGGAUUGCGUUGGAGUGUUUUGCUCUGCGAGAGCCUGACGGAAUUCAUGUAUGGAAGAAUCUUCGUAACUUCCUCUUGAACUUGGUUCAAGCAUUGCGUGGCUCUGAUCAAGCAGAUGCAGAUACGAGCGAUCGUUUUGAGCAGUUGCUGAUGAUAGCACACUACUAUAGCACCAGGGCAGCCUGUCGUCAAGCACCCGCUUUGCAAUCGAUUGCUGUCAAAAUAUCCGUUGCAAUUCUGCGCCACACGGACAUCAUUCCAUGUGACAAGGGCUACUACGAAGCGGGAAUGGAUCUACGCGGAUUGGGUCGAGAGUCGGAGGCAUUUGUUAUCCUGAACCAUUACCUGGAUGUAUGCGAAGCGAUCGAAGAAGGUUCCGGCAACCUGGUUGAUCAUUCUGACCUCUCAUCCACGGAUUUCCCCAGUUCGGUCCCGAUUCCGGCGGAGCUGCAUCUGAGAAAUGAACUCAACUUGCACGAGGAAAUCCGUGAGUGGGUGUUGGCUGUGAGCAUGGAUCAGAAGGUGGACCAGGUACUGCCUACCGAUGAUCGUAAUUUGUUCGAGUCAAGUUUGGGUAUUUCGGAUCAGGCAUGUCUGGUCAGUGGUUAUCCGGUAAUGGGUCGGCAGCCAGUGAUUUUCCAACGUACUCAUCGUCUCGCUAAUCGUGAUGCCUGGAGCAAACUGACCGUUGCCGCCAGGAUGGCUCCACAGACGGAUAUCCCCAAUGUUAUUGAGUUUAUUGAAAAAUGGUGUGGACCGGCUAAUUUCUUGUCCGGGUAGUUGACUAAGCGAUAAAUUUUUUUUUUUUCAAAAUAUGUUUUGAUCUCAGUAUUUAAGCUUUCUCAUAAAUAAAUGGU